GGAAGAAUUUCCGAAAGCAGUCGACACUCGAACGUCUGCCUGUGCACACAUCAAACGUGAAUUGUGUUGAGAGCUGGAAUAAUAUUGGAGAUAUCAUGCUGAAGUCGCUUUUUAUCAUUGCCACAAUGUUGUUGGCCCUUGGGCUGGCCAUUCAGCCAGUCGAGGACCACGAAAAGACACAGAAGCAUCUGGCUGCGGCACCACAGCACGCUGCUCAUCUGCCCGAGCACCACCAGAAGCAUCAUGCGGUGGCUCCAACAGCUGAUCAUCACAAGUCCGCACGGCAUCACAAGCAUCAUCCACACAUUGAGCCCAAAGACAAGGAGAAUGUGAAUCAUGGUCGUGUGCCAAUCGCUCCACAUCAUUCCAAGGCGAGCCGUCAUGGCAGACGCCACAGGCUGCCCAAGAGCGACAAAGCCUCCAAGAACAAUCAUUCACAGCAUUCGCAUCAUAAGUCCGCGCACCACAAGAAGCCAACGCACAAGGGACAUGCGCGCAAGCAUCAUUAGAAGCUUCAUAUGUAUAAAUGCGAGGGCUGUAU